UUUUUUUUUUUAAGUUACUGACUGCUGCCCAAUGAUCUAGUUUGUGGGGCGCAAAGAUACGUCGUCGAAGCACACUCGUUUUCUUUAGUCAUGUUUCGUCUGGUUUUGUUUGUACGUCCUCGAUGGGAUUUUCCAACAAGUAUUUACUCAAACGAUGCCUUUUGAUACUGCGUUCCGCUUUCCCAUCGAGCAGGAGCCAGUUGAUAUGGAGGAGGUCUCGGGGGUCCCUUGUCUCGAAGAACGCAGGCUGGUUCUUAUCGGAAAUGCAGGAUCGGGCAAGAGCGCGUGCGGAAACACCAUCUUGGGCCGAAGACAGUUCGUGUCGAAGCUCUGCGCCAGGGCGGUGACCAAGAAAUGCGAGAAUGGGAGCGCUGAUCUUGUGGAGGAUCAUGACCAGAUGGCAAAGAGAAGAGUUACGGUGGUUGACAUGCCAGGCUUCGGAGAUACCGAACUCAGUGUGGAUGAGAUCCAUACAGAAAUCGCUAAAUGUCUGUCUCUUUCUGCUCCUGGUCCACAUGCUUUUCUCUUGGUGAUGCAGAUUGGGCGUUAUACAGAUCAUGAGGAGCAGGCUGUAAUCAAUCUGACCCAAAUAUUUGGAGCUGAUGCUGUCAAACACCACACAGUGGUUCUUUUUACCAAAGGGGAUGAGCUUGACAUUGGGUUUGACGAAUACCUGAGAGAUGCUCCUGCCGCGCUUAAGGGUCUCAUUGACAAGUGUGGGGGAAGGUACCAUGUGUUGGACAAUAAAAACAACGGGAAUGUAGCGCAGGUUACACAACUCUUGGAGAAGGUGGACAGCAUGGUGAAGGAGAGUGAAACUGGGUUUUAUACCAACGCUUUGUUUGAAAAGGCAGAGGCUGCCAUUAGGGCAGAGAAGAAAUUGAUGAUGAAGGAGGAAAAAGAAGUAGCAACCGGUUGCAUAACAGAAACUAAACCUGCUAAACAGAGGAAAUUGGAAUUAGAGGCUGACAACGGGCAAAGUGUGACAGAAGAUGAGGAAAGCCAGGGUAGUGUGGAAAUAGUUGCUGACGUAAAACAAAGUGCGAGGGAUGAGGAAUGCCAGGAUAGUAGAAGCAACAAGGACUCAAGGAAUUUGAGGAAAAAGGCUGCUCUGUCUCCGAGGGUACUGCGGUUGUUGAAGACCAUCGUAGCUGCUGGUGUCACAGGCUUGGCAGUCGGAAUUGCCUUUGGCAUCGCUGCCCCCUUGGUAGCUGCAGGGUCGGCGAGUCUCGUGGGUAACGCUGUCGCCUUGGCUGCAGUUAAGAUGACUGGAAUCUCAGCAGCUGGGGCCGUGGGUAUCGGGAACGCUGUAGGCGCCGUAGCUGCGGUCGCCUCAGGAAAGAUGGCGUUGGCUGUAGGGGCAGGUUUGGGUGGAACUGUGGGCAGUUUAAUUGGCGUCGCGGCUGGUUUAGAGGCGAAGAGUCCGAAGGAGGCCGCUCUGAAGGCUCUUGAGGAUGUCGCUCACGUAGGCUGUGUCGCUCUUGGGGCUGCCGCAGUUGCGGGGGCUGCCAUGGGGGCAGGGGCAGCCCUGAGUGCUGCAGUUGGGGCACAAGGUGCAGCAAGUGCUUCAGUUGGAACUUUACCUGCAGAAACAGGCCCUAUUUGUAGUUCUUCAGCGGGGCCCGCUGUCCAAGCUCCUCCUAACGAAGCAGCAAAACGUCCCAUCCUAGAUGCAGUGACUACCAUAGGGAAGGUUGUAGCAGCGGGUAUCUCAGUAGCUACUAUUGGUGUCAAAGUGGUCAAAAGUAAAACUAAAGACUCAGAAACGACUACUUAUGAGGUUAAUUGGAAAAAAUGAACACAAACAGCAAGCUUCAGAUUUGAUCCAAAAUACACCAAAGACGUGGGCAAAAAUGCUAUACUAGAUUAAGCCUAUACCAGCAGUCGGCAACCCGCGGCUCCGGAGCCUCAUGCGGCUCUUUCAUCCUUAUAAUGCGGCUCUGAUUGGCUUGGGAAAAUAAAUUACUAACAAUUUUUUUUUUGUAUUUAAUUGAAGUGUGUUUUAUUUGUGUUAGUUUUUAUAUUAUUUUAGUUCUAAAUUUGAAGAUUAUUGUGAUCUUGAAAUAUUAAAAUAUUAAUUAAAUUAUUUGAUAUUAUUUUUUUGUCGCUCAAAAUAGACGUCACACUGCGGAAGCGGGUAUACCCGCUGAAACGCCGUCUAUUUUGAGCGACUUUCAAGCCCGGUAAAGCCAAUGGAGAAAUGUAAGAAAAGGAAAAUAGAACAUUCAAUGAUGCCUGGGCAGAUUCAUUUGCAUUUACCUCGGGCGAGAGUGGCCUACCAGUAUGCCUAAUUUGUGGAGAAAAACUGGCUAACAAUAAACGGUCAAAUGUCGCAAGACAUUUUAACAAUACACACAGAGCCUUUGCUGAAAAAUAUCCAGAGGGAGAAGAGAUGAAUUUAAAUUCAGCUUUUUAAUUUAUUUGAAAGAGACAUUCAUUGUUAUUAUUUUUCAAGAAUUCAAAAUGUGUUCAUUAAAUGAAUAAAAUGUAAUUUUCUCUGUAGCACAUGGAUUUCAUAAGAAACAUGCUGCGGUAAAGUAGUAGAAGUUUUUUUUUUUUUUCAUUUUAGAUGUGCGGCUCCCAGUGUUUUCUUUUCCGUGGAAACCGGGUUCAAAUGGCUCUUUCGGUGUCAAAGGUUGCCGACCGCUGGCCUAUACAUAUAAACACUAUGGUAUGCUGUACUGUGUCUUCUCGUGAAGAAUUGGGAGCCACUAUUUGGUGCUGAAAAAAAAAAUGCAUUUGACCUAAUUCAUUUCAUCACGUGUCAACUCGUGGAAAAAAAAUCUUGUCGUUCAACACCAUUAUAAGUGAUCAUAUAGGAUGUUUUAUUUUCUUAUGCUGUGGUUGAGGGUUACACCAUGUUAUCACAUACUGUUGGCUUUUCAACGUUUUAAUGAUUUUUAUAUGAGAUGGAGAACAAAAUGCACAAUAUUGAAAUAUUACAAAUUUUUUCAAUUGUAAAGUGACUGCGAUCCCGUGAUCAUUUUGCACCUCCAAUGUCUACAAAAUAUCAAAAUUGUUUUAAAAAAAUGUAAUGUGUUGGAAUUACAAUGUACUGUCUUGUUUCCAUACAAAUUGUCUCCUUUUUGUGUUGAAUCAUGGCAAAUGAAAAAUAUAUGUGCUUUACAAGCGAUGUGGUCCUCUUUGUAUUCUCGCUACACCACUUUGAACUGUACAAGUACAAAUAUCUUUUACUUUAGUUUCUAAUAUCUUUUAAUUAUAAAAAAAAAUAUUGGGUUGCACAUACACACAUUUAUUGAUUUUUUUUUUUUCCCCUUCUGUGAUUUGUUUUAGUUUUUCCCAAGAACGAAGUAUUGAAACAAUUUUCCCCCCAAACAUAAAGAUGCAUCACCUUCCACACAAAUAAAAAAACUUGUUCCGCUC